UCUUUUCCCCAUCGCAAACCAAUCUGCUCGGGGUCCGGGCUGCCGCCGCCGCCGCCGCGCGCGUGUGGGGGAGGGAGGAGGAGGUGGGGAUGGACGAGCGGUUCCCUUACUCGCCGGCCGAGACGGCCAAGGUGGAGCUCGUGCAGUUCGGCGUGCUCAGCCCCGACGAGAUCAGGCAAAUGUCGGUGGCGCAAAUAGAAUCUGCAGAGAUUAUGGAGAAGGGGAAGCUGAAAACCGGUGGGCUUAGUGACCCUCGGAUGGGGACUGUCGAUCGAAAAAUCAAGUGCGAGACAUGCAUGGCUGGGAUGGCAGAGUGCCCAGGCCACUUUGGUCACCUUGAACUCGCCAAGCCGAUGUUCCACAUUGGCUUUAUCAAGACUGUACUUUCUAUCAUGCGCUGUGUCUGCUUCAACUGCUCCAAGAUCCUCGCUGAUGAGGAUAAUAACAAGUUCAAGCAGGCUCUGAAAAUCAGGAACCCAAAGAAUAGGUUGAGGAGAAUAUAUGAUGCUUGCAAGAGCAAAAAGUUCUGUGGCGGGGAUGACCCUUGUACUCCGGAGCAGAAAGAUACUGAUGAGCCUGUAAAGAAAAGAGGUUGCUGUGGUGCUAUGCAGCCAAAUAUUACAGUUGACGGUAUGAAGAUGGUUGUCGAGUUCAAGGCACCAAAGAAAAAUGACGAUAAAGAGAAAUCCUCUGAGCAAGUGGAAAGAAAGCAGAGUCUCUCUGCUGAGAGGGUCCUUGACGUUCUCAAGCGCAUAAGUGAUGAGGACUGUCUUCUGUUGGGCCUGAAUCCCAAAUUUGCCCGUCCAGAUUGGAUGAUACUCCAGGUUCUUCCAAUUCCUCCACCCCCUGUUAGGCCAUCUGUCAUGAUGGGAACUUCUUCCAGAAGUGAGUUCUUACAGGAUGAUUUGACUCAUCAAUUAGCUAUGAUAAUUCGUUACAAUGAGAACUUGAGAAGGCAAGAGCGAAACGGAGCUCCAGCUCACAUUAUAACAGAGUUUGCUCAAUUGUUGCAAUUUCACAUUGCUACAUACUUUGAUAAUGACCUUCCUGGGCAACCCAGGGCCACACAACGUUCUGGAAGGCCUAUUAAAUCAAUUUGCAGCAGGCUGAAAGCAAAAGAAGGCCGGGUUAGAGGAAACUUGAUGGGGAAACGAGUUGAUUUCUCAGCCCGCACUGUUAUCACACCAGAUCCAAAUAUUAACAUUGAUGAAUUAGGUGUGCCAUGGAGCAUUGCUUUGAACCUGACAUAUCCAGAAACUGUCACUCCAUAUAACAUUGAGAGGUUAAAAGAACUCGUGCAAUAUGGGCCUCACGCUCCCCCAGGGAAGACAGGUGCAAAGUACAUUAUUAGGGAAGAUGGUCAGAGGCUUGAUCUUCGUUAUGUGAAGAAAAGCAGCGACCUGCAUUUGGAGCUUGGUUACAAGGUGGAGAGGCACCUCAAUGAUGGAGAUUUUGUUCUUUUCAAUCGGCAACCAAGUCUACACAAAAUGUCUAUCAUGGGGCAUCGUAUCAAAAUUAUGCCCUACUCAACUUUCCGGUUGAACUUGUCCGUAACUUCACCAUACAAUGCUGAUUUUGAUGGUGAUGAAAUGAAUAUGCAUGUUCCCCAGUCGUUUGAGACCAGAGCUGAAGUUCUAGAGUUGAUGAUGGUGCCAAAAUGUAUUGUGUCUCCACAAUCAAAUAGGCCUGUGAUGGGUAUUGUCCAGGACACGCUGCUUGGAUGUCGCAAAAUCACUAAAAGGGACACUCUCAUUGAUAAGGAUGUAUUUAUGAACAUCUUGAUGUGGUGGGAAGACUUUGAUGGAAAGAUCCCUGCUCCUGCCAUUCUAAAACCAAGGCCUAUUUGGACUGGGAAACAAGUUUUAAGCCUCAUUAUCCCCAAGAAAAUAAAUUUGAUAAGGUUUUCUUCCUGGCAUUCCGAAAAAGAAACAAGAUUCAUUACUCCUGGUGAUACUGUGGUCAGGAUAGAGAAGGGAGAGCUCCUAUCUGGUACACUUUGCAAAAAGACUCUGGGAACUGGCGCUGGAAGUCUGAUUCAUGUUAUUUGGGAAGAGGUUGGUCCAGAUGCUGCACGCAAGUUCUUAGGUCAUACACAGUGGCUUGUCAACUACUGGCUUCUUCAAACUGGUUUCAGUAUUGGAAUAGGAGAUACAAUUGCAGAUGCAGCCACCAUGGAGAAGAUUAAUCAGACAAUUUCCAAAGCUAAGAAUGAUGUGAAGGAGCUUAUUAAACAAGCACAUGACAAGCAAUUGGAAGCGGAGGCAGGACGCACAAUGAUGGAGUCGUUUGAAAAUAAAGUAAACCAGGUUCUCAACAAGGCUCGUGAUGAUGCUGGAAGCAGUGCUCAAAAUAGUUUAUCUGAAAGCAACAAUUUGAAGGCUAUGGUCACUGCAGGCUCAAAGGGCAGUUUCAUUAACAUUUCGCAAAUGGCUGCUUGUGUUGGACAGCAGAAUGUUGAGGGCAAGCGAAUCCCAUUUGGUUUCAGUGGUCGAACAUUGCCACAUUUUACAAAAGAUGACUAUGGUCCUGAAAGUCGUGGAUUUGUGGAGAACUCUUACCUUCGGGGUUUGACACCUCAAGAAUUUUUCUUUCAUGCUAUAGGUGGUAGGGAAGGUCUGAUUGAUACGGCCGUGAAGACUUCUGAGACUGGUUAUAUCCAACGCAGGCUUGUCAAAGCUAUGGAAGACAUCAUGGUGAAAUAUGAUGGUACCGUAAGAAAUUCCUUGGGAGAUGUCAUCCAGUUCCUAUACGGGGAAGAUGGCAUGGAUGCUGUUUGGAUUGAAGAACAGAAGUUGGACUCCUUGCAGAUGAAAAAGGAUGAGUUUGAUAAUUCCUUCCGCUAUGAACUGGAUGAUGAGAACUGGAAGCCUAACUACCUGCUGCCUGUCCAUGUUGAUGAUUUGAAGACAAUCAUUGAAUUCAGGAAUGUGUUAGAGGCAGAGGUUCAGAAGCUAGAAAUUGACCGGUUCCAGCUUGGGACUGAGAUUGCUACAAAUGGUGCUAAUACAUGGCCUAUGCCUGUCAAUCUCAAGCGGCUUAUCUGGAAUGCCCAGAAGACAUUCAAGAUUGACACCAGAACAUGUUCGGACAUGCACCCGAUGGAAAUUGUGGAAGCCAUAGAUAAGCUGCAAGAAAGACUUAAAGUUGUGCAUGGUGAUGAUGCUAUGAGCAUUGAGGCACAGAAGAAUGCAACUUUGUUCUUUAAUAUUCAUCUCCGUGCUACAUUUGCUAGCAAGAGGGUCCUGAACGAAUACAGGCUUACAAGGGAAGCAUUUGAAUGGAUUAUUGAUGAGAUUGUGUCCAGAUUUUCACAGUCUUUGGUGGCCCCUGGUGAAAUGAUUGGAUGUGUUGCUGCACAGUCCAUUGGGGAACCAGCUACUCAAAUGACUCUCAAUACCUUCCAUUAUGCUGGUGUUAGUGCCAAGAAUGUUACUCUUGGAGUUCCCAGGCUGAGAGAGAUCAUUAAUGUUGCCAAGAAGAUAAAAACACCAUCGUUGUCUGUUUAUCUAAAGCCUGAGGUGAACAAGAAGAAAGAAUUGGCUAAGAAUGUCCAAUGUGCGUUGGAGUACACUACACUGCGCAGUGUGACCCAUGCUACUGAGAUUUGGUAUGAUCCUGAUCCUACGGGGACCAUCAUUGAAGAGGAUGUGGAAUUUGUCCAGUCCUAUUAUGAAAUGCCUGAUGAGGAUAUCGACCCGGAUAAGAUUUCUCCUUGGCUGCUGCGUAUUGAGCUUGAUCGUGAGAUGAUGGUUGAUAAGAAUUUGAGCAUGGCUGAUAUCGCUGAGAAGAUCAACAGCGAGUUUGAUGAUGACUUAUCAUGCAUAUUUAGCGAUGAUAAUGCAGAUAAGCUUAUCCUUCGUCUGCGCAUCGCAAAUGAUGAAGCUUUGAAUGGAGAUAUGAAAGACGAGUCUGCGGAUGAUGAUGUCUUCCUCAAGAAGAUAGAGAGUAACAUGCUGACAGAGAUGGCUCUUCAAGGCAUUCCGGAUAUUCACAAGGUGUUCAUCAAAGAAGUUAAGAUUAAUAAAUUUGAUGAAAAUGGUGGUUUCAAACCAGUUCAAGAAGUGAUGCUUGAUACGGAUGGUGUCAAUCUCUUAGCUGUCAUGUGCCACGAGGACGUUGAUUCCACAAGAACAACAAGUAACCAUUUGAUUGAAGUGAUUGAGGUUCUUGGAAUUGAGGCUGUCCGUCGGGCCCUCUUGGAUGAACUUCGGGUGGUCAUAUCUUUUGAUGGAUCCUAUGUAAACUAUAGGCAUCUGGCCAUUCUUUGCGAUACAAUGACAUAUAGAGGUCAUCUGAUGGCAAUUACAAGGCAUGGUAUCAAUCGCAAUGACACAGGACCUCUAAUGAGAUGUUCUUUUGAAGAGACUGUGGAUAUCUUGCUUGAUGCUGCUGCGUAUUCUGAAUCUGACUACCUGAAAGGUGUCACAGAGAACAUUAUGCUUGGCCAGCUUGCUCCUAUUGGUACUGGAGGCUUCACACUAUUUCUGAAUGACCAGAUGCUGAAACAGGUCAUUGAACUUCAACUCCCAAGCUAUUUGGAAGGUGACUUUAGCAUGACACCAGCACCACCCCUCUCUGGAACACCAUAUCCUGAUGGAAUGAUGUUGCCAAGUUAUCUGAUGAGUCCGGACUUCAGGGCUUCCCCCAUUGAUACAAAUGCUUCUUUCUCGCCAUAUGUCAGGCAUAUGUCAUUAUCACCUGUCCCUUCACAAGGUUAUUCUCAAUGCUCAGGAGGAUACAAUCCAAGUCCUAGCUCAGAAGACAGUUACAACCCCAUUUCUCCAUCGUACACUCCUGUAUCACCAAUUUAUACUCCUAUUUCUCAAGCAUACACUCCUGCAUCACUGCUUAAUGCUCCUACUUCAACAUCAUAUAGUUCAGCAAGUCCAAUUUACACCCCAACGAGCCCAGUUUACUCACAGAUUCCUUCAUACUCACCCACAACUCCAAUUUACAAUCCUGUAUCUCCUAGUUAUAGUCCUACAUCAAGCUAUAAUCCUGCUUCUCCAAAUUACAGUCCCACUUCGCCAGUUUAUAGUCCAACCAUGGCAACAUAUAGCCCUACAUCUCCUGUAUACAGCCCCACAGUGCCUUCAUAUAGCCGAACAUCACCAUUGUAUAGCCCUACUUCUCCAUCAUACAGCCCUUCAUCGCCCUCAUACAGCCCAGCAUCACCUACGUACAGCCCUACAUCGCCUGGUUACAGCCCGACCUCACCAAAUUACAGCCCAACAUCGCCAAACUACUGCCCAACUUCACCAAGCUAUAAUCCUUCAUCUGCCAAAUAUUCUCUGAGCACUUACUCUCCAAGCAACCCAAGAAUGACUCCAGACAGCAAGAUUUCUCCAGACUACAGCCCAACUUCACCCACAUACUCACCGAUUUCACCAACCUAUUCACUAUCAAGUCCGUCAUACAACCCCAGCAGCCCAAUUGACAACUCUGGAGGACCUAGUCCAGAUUACAGUCCAACUUCUCCAAAUUACAGCCCUAGUAGAAGCGACUCCACUGCGUCGGACUAGUCUCCAGUUUCACUCUCCAAGCUGACUGAGAGCACUUGUGAAGCGGCGAGAAAAGGUUGUUGAUGGCUGCAGAGGAAGAAUGGAAUCCAUCGCCCUACAGUUUUGUUUCUUUCUGAUUCUGUACAGUUAAUGACUGAGCGAUAUAGACGAACGGCAGAAACCAACAUGGGGGUCCUGGUUCUCGAACUCUUGAAACUAUUGUAGAUGGCCAAAUGGUGUCUUGCAGGAAUUCCAAGAUUGUAGUCACU